GUAAUUUAACGUUCGUCCAAGAAUCUGCGUCGGGUACCAUUACAAACCUCGAUUCAAAGUCGAGCUUGUGAUUGAAUCUGGGCUUAGGACAGAUACAUCCUGUAUACUGUAGCUUUUAUGCUGAUCUUGUACCGUACCACUAGACGUUCGGGUGAAUUUGCGCUAUAGAGGGCAAUAGGGGCUCGAUUAUCGUCUCGUCAAACGGAAACCAGUGCCAUCUGUGAGUCGACCGAACUUUUAAAGUUCUCACGUGUUUGCACGUGUGAUCCCGCCUCUUUCUUCACGAGUAUUUUAUAUAUUGUCCAGGAAACGGUGGCGUUACUUUCUUACGUUAAAACUCGAUUUGAUCCAAGAAAAAAAAAAUCAUGCGCGAUCAUCAUGGCGAAUCUAUCAAAGUUAUCGUCCGAAGUCGGCCUCUGAGCGAAAAGGAAAUUCAAGAUGGGCAUGAGAGGAAUCAAAGGGGACAAUGAGCAACGUGGUGUUAUACCGAACGCUUUUGAGCACAUUUUCUCUCACAUCGCUCGUUCCCAGGAUCAGCAGUAUCUCGUGAGAGCUUCUUAUCUGGAAAUAUACAUGGAAAACGUUAGAGAUCUCCUUUCCAAAGACCAGAACAAAUUCCUAGAACUUCGCGAAUCUCCCGACAUGGGCGUGUACGCUCAAAACUUGUCGUCAUUCGUCUGUAAGAGCGUUCAAGAAAUUGACCAUGUUAUGAACGUUGGGAACAAGAAUCGGUCCGUCGGUGCUACGGAUAUGAACGAGCACUCUUCGCGCUCCCACGCGAUUUUCAUGGUCACGGUGGAGUGUUCGGAAAUUGGAGUCGACGGAGAAAGUCAUAUUCGAGUUGGAAAGCUGAAUUUGGUGGACCUCGCGGGUUCUGAACGGCAAUCAAAGACUGGAGCAACUGGAUCUCGCUUCAAGGAAGCUACUAUGAUCAAUCUUUCACUCCUUGCUUUGGGAAAUGUGAUUUCAGCCUUAUCUAGUGGCAAAAGCGCCUACAUUCCUUACAAAGACUCCAAACUGACUCGGUUAUUGCAAGAUUCCUUGGGCGGCAAUGCGAAGACUGUAAUGGUUGCGAAUAUCGGACCGGCGAGUUACAACAGCGAUGAAACCUUGUCCACGUUGCGUUACGCUUCAAGAGCGAAGGAAAUAAAGAAUAAGCCGAGAAUCAACGAGGAUCCAAAAGACGCUCUUCUGCGCGAAUUCCAAGAAGAAAUCGCUCGCCUGAAAGCCUCGCUUUCACAGCGCGGAGAAAAACCGCGUAAGACCAAGAAGAAGAGCACGAAGACACCCGAAGAGCAAGAAGAAGAGGAAAAAGAAAGACUCGAGGCGCAGAAAGCUGCAAUUUUAGCAGAUACUUCUUUGAUUGCAUCGGAAAAAGAAAAGAUGCUGGAAGAAGUUAAACGUCGCGCUGCUGAGUUGGAGGCGGAGACCGAAGAAAGGAAAGAACUUGAACAGAGAAUCGCUGCUAUACAGUCGAAGCUCUUGUCAGGUGGUGAAGAAACAGCCGACAUUUUGGGUCGCACCGAUUCACAACAGCGGCAACUUGAUGCCAAGCGACAAGAGAUUGCCGACCAAAAAGUGAAAGAACGAGAAAUGAGGCAGAGGCUGGAAGUCGAAGAAGAAACUGCGCACGAGUUGAAGGAAACGUUUUCUUCCUUGCGACAAGAAGUGAUCGUUGAUAACUUCGUACCUCCUGCGGAAAGGAUGAAGAUACUAUCUCGAGCCGAGUGGGACGAAGACGCCGGCGUUUGGAGGCUGAAACCCGUUGCGAAAGAGGAAACGUUCUCUGCUGCUGUUCGUCGACCUACAUCCGCAAUCGGAGCUCGUCGUCCAGUGUCGGAACACGCUAGGAAGCAGAACUCGCGUAUAGGAAGCGCUGCCCGCUACAAGGGCGAGAAUAUUGUGACGCUGCCAUUGGAAGCUGUGGGAAGAACGACCCGGGACUGGCAAGGACCAAACGUGUCUCCCUACAUCCAAGCAGCUUUAGAUGCCGCUCUGCAAGAGUGCGAAGGGGACAUUGAGAUUGAUGCAUCCUCGAAUCCGGUGCUGCAUUCGAUGCUUGGAUCGCGCGUGCACGGAAAGCGCAAAGAAAAUAAAAUCAGGUUCGUACGUUCCAAGUGUCGAUUGAGAAUACCGGUUCUACUCACGACGGAUAUGAAUAAUCCGUUUUUCAAUGCCUGUGUAUGGGAUGUUGAAAGUGGAUCAAGUCGAAGUACUUACAAGGGAGGAGUUUCGUCGCCACAAACGCUGCAUUUGAUUUGCGACCACUAUUUAGUCGCUGCCCAGCUCGGUAAACCUGUGAUCCAGUUAUGGGAAAUUCACAAGCGAGAUCAGUUGUGCCUGAAUUCGGUGACGCCUGGUGUGGUGACUGCAUUAGCAAUAUCUCCUGAUGGACAGAUUUGCGUCGCUGGCAUUGAGGAUAAAUUGUAUGUUUGGCUCACGAGUACUGGCAAGCUCAAAUCGAUCAUACGAAGGCACUACCAACCUGUGUCCUCAAUAAAGUUCACAGACGACGGGUGCUUGUUUGUUUCCGGAGGCACCGACAGCUUGGUGAUAGUGUGGUCGACUGCGGAAGCCCUGGCAGGAAGUUACGAGGCCGCCGGUGACGAAGCUUGCAGUCCGGAACACGUGUGGGCUGAUCAUGCCUUGCCGGUGACGUGUGUGGCGGUCGGGAAAGGCGGCUCAUCCGCCCGCGUGUUCACGGCGUCCUUGGACCAGUCGUGCAAAGUGUUCGAUCUCGUCAGUGGGCAAUUGUUGCUGUCGGUUAUUUUCGAUGUGAGAAUUAUGUGUGUUUGCGUGGAUCCGGUGGAGAGCACGCUUUUUGCCGGUGGGCAAGAUGGGUCCAUCUUCGUCGUGAAUCUCAGAAACCCGCCUCGAGUUUUAGAGCGUCAUCUGGGGGACGAUGAGAAAAAGUCCAGCUGUUUUAGCGGUCACAGCAGCUCAAUAUCUUGCUUGACGACUUCCGAAGACGGUGCAACCCUCGUGUCGGGUUCAGAAGACGCAUCCGUUCGGAUAUGGUCCGUUUCAAGUCGACAGUGUCUUAAAACCUUGCCACACAAAGGCCCGAUCACCAAUGUUCUCAUGAUCAUACCACCUGAUGGAAUGCUGAACCCGGAUUCCGCGAAGCCAUCGAAAAAGCCGCCGGUUGCCAUUCUGCAGAGGAACAAAGAGGAAUCAAAGUUGACUGACUUCAUUCCUGUUUUCCCUCGAUCUUCCAUCAAAACUCUCAUGCGGCAGAAUUUGCGACGGAAAAAACAAGUUGAGAUUCCGCAAGCGAGUACCAAAGCAAAUAAGAAUGGAUUCGGAGAGGCCUCGGAGUCCGAAUCCGAGCCUGAAGUCGUUGAAGAAACUCCGUCAACGAAAUGCGGUCGAGCUCAAUAUCUGAACCAGGUUCUUGACGGGUUUCUUGAAAAAGUAGCGAGAAAUGGAAUGAUCGAAAUUUUGAGUUUCCUCGCCGGUUAUUUUGAGUCAUUCUUGCUGGGUGUCACAUCAUGGCUGCAAACGAUCUUCGGCAUAAACUCCGCCAUCGUCUCCGUGCUCUUCCGGAUCAUCUCUCUAUUGGCAGUCACAGGAUGGAACCUUGCAGGAGGCGCAGUAUACGCAUCUCAGGCCUUUGCGAAGGACUUGUGCACAUUCGGGGAAGAGGUUAUAGCUAUAUCUUUCGCUAGCAGCAAGGCACUUCAAUGGAGCUUCUCCGAAGUCUCCCAAACGUUUUUCCGGUUCAAGGAAGGAUUCACGUCAGUUUUUUCAAGUGUGGUUGGUGCUGUGAAUACGACCAUUUGUGGCUUGCAGGGCGGGCUUUUGACAGUGAUCUCGUUGCUGCGAUGGAGCUGCGGGCAAGUGAUGUACUUUUCAGCUCUUUCGGUGUCUUCCGUGUUUUUCGCGUUUGAAUUCGUCGCCUUCCUGGCGAAAUCCGUUGUUUGGACUGUGUGGAGUCUAGUUCACGUGGCUGUCUAUGGCGUGUUUCUUCUGUUGCGUGGAAUGGUCGUGAGGCUGUUUGAGACGUCGCUGGCUGUUCACGGUUGGCUCGCGGGGCUCGGGAGAUGGGCCACGUUUGGGCUGGUGUCGAAUUUCAAGCAAUCGUUGUUCGAUUCGGUCCUGGGGUUGGUUGUUGUGUGUGGGAUUGUUUGGUUGUUGAAGAGGACCACGCCAAUUUGGUCCAAUGCUACGAGGGAGCGGUUUAGGCGGUGGCAAACGAUGGCAUUGCGGAUUGGGAGGAUUAUUAUUUCGAAUGAAGAAUUCCGGGAUGACAUGAGCGAUUCCGGCGAAGAAUUCGACAUUACGGAUUUCGACGACGCAAGUGUUCAUUCCUUUGGCAAUGGGCAUCACGGAGAUGCUGUCUCCAUAGCUGGGAGCAUCAGUGGCCACAACCAGUCAUCUACGAUUGGCAACUGCGUAGUUUGUCAAGAUGCUCAGAAGUCCGUUGUCAUUCUUCCAUGUCGACACGUGUGCUUGUGCGAAGAAUGUCGACGUUUGCUCAUGGAAAGAAAACCUGGCGAUAGAAACGGAUUGAUACGGCUUGUGCCGUGGAUUCGUGCGUCUCGGGUCCCUUGGUCGCAUCGCGAGUGGUUGCUCAGUCGAACUGUGGAGCCGAAGAUGCCUUUGCCUUCACGCGCUCGGAUUUACGCUGACGUGAACUCACACCGUCCCGAGGAGUACUGGGAUUACGAGAGCCAUGUAAUCGAGUGGGGGCAACAAGAUGAUUACCAGCUCGUUAGGAAGCUCGGUCGAGGAAAGUACAGUGAGGUGUUCGAAGCCAUAAACAUAACCACCGCUGACAAGUGUGUCGUUAAAAUUCUAAAGCCGGUGAAAAAGAAGAAAAUUAAACGUGAGAUCAAGAUCUUGGAGAACCUGCGUGGUGGCACAAACAUCAUAUCCCUGAAGGCUGUCGUCAAGGACCCGGUGUCUCGCACGCCUGCUGUGAUCUUUGAGCACGUGAACAACACGGACUUCAAGCAGCUGUAUCAAACUUUGACGGACUUCGACAUUCGGUACUACAUGUACGAACUUCUGAAGGCGCUUGACUACUGUCACAGCAUGGGAAUCAUGCACCGCGACGUAAAGCCCCAUAAUGUGAUGAUCGAUCACGAGAAUCGAAAACUGCGAUUGAUCGAUUGGGGCCUGGCCGAGUUCUACCAUCCAGGGCAGCAGUACAACGUCCGCGUGGCAUCGCGCUACUUCAAGGGACCCGAACUGCUCGUAGAUUAUCAAAUGUAUGAUUAUUCACUGGACAUGUGGUCACUUGGCUGCAUGUUCGCGAGCAUGAUCUUUCGGAAAGAGCCGUUUUUCCAUGGACACGAUAAUUACGACCAGCUCGUGCGGAUAGUGAAAGUUUUGGGUACGGAAGAACUGUACGAGUAUUUAGACAAGUAUCAGAUUGAGCUGGACCCAAGGUUCAACGAUAUUUUGGGAAGGCACUCGCGGAAGCGGUGGGAUAGGUUUCAAAAUGCUGAUAACAAGCACCUGGUGAACACAGAGGCAGUGGACUUCCUGGACAAGCUUUUGCGCUAUGACCACCAAGAGAGGCUCACUGCCCGGGAAGCCAUGGAGCAUUCCUAUUUUUAUCCAAUUUUUGGCAAGCCCAGUGCAGCUCCAGCGACCUUGGUGCCAAACAUGUCAGGGGGAGUCGGUGGCGGUGAAUAGGCGUGCUCUUUGUUCUCCAGCUCCGGUCAUGCCCACUCUCGCAUCCGCACAUCCAUCCAGAAAACCGACCAUACCAUCCAUCCGUUCAUUGUCAUCCAUUCAUUCUUUUUUUAAAUUGGUUCUGCCAUUCGUACGAGAAUUCGUGUUCUACCAUCAGUCUCACAGAUUACUUUCUCACGGCUGUUUCCCCAUCUCUUUUUUCUUUCGUUAUAUAAAAUUGAACCAGUCGUUGAUUUAUUUAAAGAUUCCGUGUUGAUCGUUGUUUAUGUCAGAGUGAGUGUACAUGAACUUCUGUUACUCGACCAUCUCUGGUUUGUUGAUGAGCUCCCUGCUUGCGUCGCUGCUCGCUCAGUCACGGGUCGAAUAAUAAUGUUAUUGAUGACGAUUUGUCAGUUGUGGUUAUGUAUAUUCAUUUAA